AUGCCUUUUGGGGUAACAAAUGCACUCGCAGUUUUUAUGGACCUAAUGAAUAGGGUCUUCAAACAAUAUCUUGAUGAAUUCAUUGUUGUGUUUAUUGAUGACAUUCUGAUUUACUCUAAAGACAGGAAGGAACAUGAGAACUAUUUGAGAACUGCCUUGCAGAUUUUGAGAGAAAAGGGGCUGAGAUUUGUGAAAGAUUUCUCAAAGCUUGCAAUGCCAUUAACACAAUUGACACAGAAGAAUGUACAGUUUGACUGGAAUGAUCAGCGUGAAUCAACUUUCCAAAAACUAAAGACCAGGCUGGUAACUGCACUAAUCCUAACCUUACCUAAUGGUACCGAUGGGUUUCAGAUUUACAGUGAUGCUUCAUAUAAAGGGUUGGGUUGUGUACUGAUGCAAAAUGGGAAAGUCAUCGCCUAUGCUUCUCGACAACUUCGUCCUCAUGAAAAGAAUUACCCGACACACGACCUUGAACUGGCAGCUGUAGUGUUCGCUUUGAAAAUCUGGCGGAAAGCUAAUACUGUGGCAGAUGCUUUGAGCCGAAAAUCAAUGGGAAGUUUAUCAUGCCUGCUUACCAGCCAGAGAGAACUGCUGUGUGAUUUGGAUAGGAAUGAAAUCGAGAUUGUGAUACGGGAACAAGGCGGAAUACUAGCCGCUAUCUCCGCUCAGCUUGCGAUCAUUGAAGAAAUCCGAGAAAGGCAACUUGAAGACGAAUACAUGAAAAAGAUCAUGGAAGAACUUGAUUCCAAGCUGAGGCUAGGGUUUGUAUUUGAAAAUAAUGUGCUGGAAUUUCAGAACUGUCUUUGUGUACCUGAUUAUGGUGACUUGAGAAAACGUGUGAUGACCGAAGCUCACAGCAGGACUCGAAGUUUGUAUCGAGGUUUUGGUAGAGUUUGCAACAGGCUUUGGGAACUGAAUUGA